ACCGCGAAUAAUACAUAGCAACAUAAACUCCUAAAUUUCUUCUCACUAUAGCCAUUAAUAAUGGCUCAAAUUGGGUCACUCUGCUCCGAGACCGAGACUCUGAGCCAGGUCCUAAGUCUCAUAGAGGCAUUCCGGGCCUUUGACGGGGAUGAUGAUGGGCAGAUCACCGAGGCCGAAUUGGGCGGUAUCCUGAGGUCACUUGGCUACAGCAAUUCAAGCGAUCAAGACAUCAGGGCCAUGGUGGAAAAAGGGGACAAAGACCAUGACGGGCUUCUGAGCCUGAAGGAAUUCUUGGACAUGAACACAGCCGACCUCCAGCUUGGUGAGCUAGCGGGUCCUCUCAGGACCUCCUUCGAGGCUCUUGACAUGAAUGGGAUCGAAUUCGUGACAGGUGAGGAAUUAUUCGAAGAAAUGCGUAACAUAGGAGCUGAACUUAGCCUAGAGGAUUGCCAGGAUAUAAUUGCUUCCAUGGAUGUGGAUGGAGAUGGGGCCGUUGGCCUUGAGGACUUCAAGCUAAUACUGAACUCCCUUCUCUAAUUUUUCAGUUCAUACCCAAUGAAAGGAAAAGAAGAUAGCUCUCAAUUAAUAUGUUAGUUGUAUGAUGCAUGUAUAAUGAUGUUAUAUAAUUCGAGGAAUAAAGUAAGGUUAGGGCUAUUUGCACUCCCUUUUUGGUUA